AAAAAAUGAGCGCAUAUGGGCGUGUCUGCACGUGAACGUGGAGUGGAACAUCCUAGAGUAGAUCUGGAGUUAAAAGCAUCUCAAACUCUAAGGACUAAGCCAAAGCAAUGGAAGACCAGAAUUUUUUGGAAAAAAACUUCUCAGCUCUCGUCAAAAGAGUAAGAUCUGUGAUGCCUAUCUCUGAUAAGCUGCUUGAAAAACAAAUGAUGUCCCAGGAGAAGUACUCAGAGAUCAAAGCAAAGGAUACAAGUCAUAAUCAAAUGAGAGAGCUCUUGUCUGUUGUGAAUUCUGGAGGACCUAAAGUAAAAUCAUACUUUAUCAAAGUACUGAAUGAGGAGGAGCCUUUCCUUGUUCAAGACCUUAAAGUAUCUUCCUUACAGCCCUCUCCUGGAGUUUUGCAAUCUCAAGAAGCAGAAGCGCAAGAUACGACAGACAGACCUGAGGAAGAUCAUAUCAGGUGUAACCCCUCCUCUAUCAAGCACAGAAGUAAAAUAGAAGAGUUUCGGAAAGACGGCUCAAAACAAAUGAUUGGCAGAAUCUACUUUUCAAAAAAUGUCAAAUACCUAAUUUGUUCAGAAAGCAGUGAAAAACAAGUUUAUCUUGGUCUGAAAAAAGACGGUACUGAAGUAGCCAUCAAACGAAUACUUAAGAAUCCAGUGAAUGACAAAGACUUUGAAAAUGAACUGAAGCAUUUACAACAUUUAAAGCUUGAGAGCAAGAACAUAGUCAGAUAUGUAGACUUUGAACAGGAUGAGGAUUUUUAUUAUCUUGCGCUACAGCUUUGUGAAUAUGAUUUAGAGGGCUACAUGGAUGAGCUCCGUAAAGAAGAAACUGAAAACAAAGUCACUGCUUUGAAGAAAGUAGUGAAGGAGGUGCUUCUCGGCCUUCAGGUUCUUCACCGUGCUAAAGUGAUACAUCGAGAUAUAAAGCCUCAAAAUAUUUUGAUAGAUUCGGGAAAAAAUGCAAGACUUGCUGACUUUGGUAUAAGCCGGAGACUGGAGGAUGAUAAAAGUACAGUGUACACUGCGAGAGCUGGUACCAAAUGCUGGGAGGCAGUGGAGACCCUUCAACCGACUGAAAAAACUGGAUACAAAACAAGCUCAGAUGUCCAGGUUGCUGGCAUGUUACUGUACUAUAUCCUCUCUGAUGGGAAACAUCCUUUUAAAGGAGAUGUCCUGUGGGAGCAAGAGGCUAAAAUUAGAGAAGGGAAUUACUCUCUUGAUGAAGUUGAUGAUGUAGUGGCAAAAGAUCUCAUUGAGAGAAUGAUCAACAAAGUCCCGGAAGAGAGACCAACCAUUCAUGAGGCCCUAAAUCACCCUUAUUUCUGGGAUGAUGUCAGGAAAAAAACUGUUCUAAGCAACCUGGGUGAGAGAAAAGAAGUUCAAUAUUAUGAGGAUUUAGGAAAACUUUACAGUAUCUUCCAUAACGGAAAGGAGAACGGUGAUGGAAAAGACCCAACAGCAGAACAGAUCAUUGAGGCUUGUAAGAAGCAUAAAAUCCCAACUAAAAGAAUGGAAGACAUCUUUAAACUAGUGGGUAAGGAUUUAGCUAAACUUCCAAAUCUCUGCGACACUGCAAAGAAGUACACUACGGAUAAAACCUUUUCUAGGUGGAAAGCAGAUCUUUCAGAGAUAUGGAAUGACAUUAGCACAAAGCUCCCGGAGGACUUGAUUGGCCUCCUACGCGCUCUGUGCAACAAAAUGAAGCAUGCACAAGAUGAAUUUUAUGGGAGGAACAUGCUCAAUCAUUUUCCAGAUUUCUUCAUAAGUUUGUAUGGGCUGGCGAAAGACCUGAGCUGGAAAAUUGACGACGCAGAAGAGAAACCAUAAACAGACAUUUUUUUUACUGUAUCUGUUUUUUGUUUUUGUCAUUACAUUUUUUUUCAAAGGAUCUUAGCAAUUGUUCACCCUUGAUAUCGUGUUGCCUUAUGUUUCCCCUGUCUUGUGCUCUUAUUUUGAAUUUUUUUAUGUUCUGUUGAUGUCAUGUUUUCUCUGCUGUUCUAUUCUCUCGUUUGUUACCAUGGACAUUCAUUAGCUGUGUUUCAAUUCAAAGGCUAGGUCUUUCAAAAGACACGUCCUCGAAAUCGAGUACUCGUUCUUUGGAGGUCACAACCUCCCCAGUACACAAAGAGAACUGAAAUGAGACGGUCUAGCCUUCGAAGGAUCAAUAAGUUGUGUCGCCUGGUGUACACGCCAACUGCGCCUGUCAGUGGGACCCAGCGGAGACGUUUUUGACUUAUUAGAAUAAAUAUGGAAAAAGAAAAUAUAAUUUUUAUUUUAGAAUUUUUUCUGCUAAAUACACCAUUUAUUUUAAAAUAUACAGCCGUUAUAUUAAGCUGUUUCAAGCACGCAAUACAUCUCGGGAUAGCCUUGGCUGUUAAGGAUCCAUUUGUUCUAUCCUUAGCAGGGCGGAGAAAUUACGCAUUUUGAGGCUUCAUUGAAUUGGGAUGGUCUUACUCGCCUUCAGUUACGCUGCAGUGACACAAUCGGUUUUAGCAGCCUUCGAAUUGGGAUACAGCUAUUGACACUCUUCCCACUGCCUAUUUGUUGUCACGGUUACUUAUUGUCUCUGCUUUGUGAUUGUUUUUUUGUCAUGCAGAGCCGAACCUCACUAUACGCAUGGUACGCAAGCUGCCUAGUUCCCCGAACCACUAGGGGGCCCCCUUGCACUUAACUUUAUGCAGCACUGUGCUGCUAGAGCCAUUCGAAAGCAUAGACUGCCGCAGGGAUGAUUUAUUUUUGUAGGCCAGUACUGAAAGUUGGUGGGAUACUGGUUCCCUUGCUAAAAAACCCAUUCAUUUUCCCUUAGACGUUUGGAUAAUUGCAAAAAAAAAACUCUGUCAAGCUCUUAUCAAAAGUAUGACAUUUACAUGUUUUGUCCAAUUAGAAAAUUAUCAAAGAUGAACACAACUUUUAUGAGUUUUAAAGCCUAAAUGUGUUUUUAUUUCUAGUAAAAGUUGUGUCUUAUCUCACGUUACUUAAAUUUCAUUUAUCAGUCAAAUGCAGUUGACACGCAUAUUGAAAUGAGUCCUGAUAUAUGGAUAUGGUUACUAACAAAGCAAUCCGUGCGGAGCAGAAAAGACAAAAAGCGCCAUGAAGGAGAAAGGAUUAAGAACAUAUUAACGUUUUAAAUUCUUUAGUCUUGACUAACCAUGCAAUGGAUUUAUUACAAAUACUUUAUAGUCUAGUGUGUUUUGUUAGAAAUGCCAAUGCACACCAAUAAUCAAAAUCUUUCAAACGUGUUUUAAAGUAUUGUUAAAUAAACACACUGUUGUGUUUACAAAUACUGUGUGCACACAUUUAUGUUUAAAUAUUUUUAAAUGUGGUAUUUAUAGGUCAAUUUUAAGCAAAAUUUUUUAAAGCUUGUCCUGAGGUGUGGCUUCUUUUCUCUUAGUAUUGCAAUGUACUUUUACAGUCAUGAAUCAUACAAAUGUAAAUCCUCUAAAUAUUAAUUUUGACAGGCUAAUGUUUACUGUAAUACUACUGUUUAAGUUGCAGUUAAAUUAAAUCUCAUUUGUUUGCUGUACAACAGAAAGGAUAAAAAGGGGAGAACAUGCUCAAUCGUUUCCCAGAUUUCUUCAUAAGUUUACACGGCUGGCGAAAGACCUGAGCUAGAAAGUUUAUGAGGAAGCGUAGUCAUAGAAGUACACUUACAUGUUUAGUUUUUUAGACAAGCAUACACUGGUGAAGUUUUUUGAAUAAAAUUAAUUAAAAUUCUUACCUAUAUAUGUAUUUACUAACAUUUACUAAUUUCAUAUAUGCCUAAUUAAUUUUUAUUUGAUGUAUAUUUAGUUGUUUUAUCAUUCAUUAGGAUUAGGGUUAUAUAUGGGUUUCUGGAACAUCAAUAAAUGAAUUAUUUCUACUUGA